UACUCCCGAGGCACGGAUAAACUGAGAGCAGCAGAGCGCGUGAGGAGCGGAGAGUGUGCGGGUUAAUUCCUCAAAUUAUUAACAAAAAUGCAAAUUAUUACAUUAUUCCAGCUGGUUUCUGCCUCAUUAUUGGCACUGUCUGCCAAUGCAGAGGUGUUCUUUAAAGAACAGUUUCUGGAUGGAGAUGCCUGGAAGAGUCGAUGGGUGAACUCGGAGCACAAAUCUGACUAUGGCCAGUUUAAACUAACCGCUGGAAACUUCUACGGAGACGCUGAGAAAGACAAGGGUCUCCAGACAAGCCAAGAUGCACGUUUUUAUGCCACCUCCGCCCGCUUCGAUCCCUUCAGCAACGAGGGCAAACCUCUGGUGAUCCAGCUCACCGUCAAACACGAGCAGAAGAUCGACUGCGGAGGCGGAUACGUUAAAGUCUUCCCGGCUGAUCUCAACCAGGCGGACAUGCACGGAGACUCCCAGUAUUACGUCAUGUUCGGGCCUGAUAUCUGCGGCUACAGCACCAAGAAGGUCCACGUCAUCUUCAACUACAAAGGCAAGAACCACCUCAUCAAGAAAGAGAUCAAAUGCAAGGAUGAUGAAUUGACUCACUUGUACACACUGAUCCUGAAUCCGGAUCAGACGUACGAAGUGAAGAUUGACAACGAGAAGGUGGAGUCUGGCUCUCUGGAGGAGGACUGGGACUUCCUGCCUCCAAAGAAGAUCAAGGACCCCGAAGCCAAGAAGCCUGAGGACUGGGACGACCGUGCCAAGAUCGACGACGAGUCGGACACCAAACCUGAGGACUGGGAUAAGCCAGAGAACAUUCCCGAUCCUGAUGCCAAGAAGCCAGACGACUGGGAUGAAGAUAUGGAUGGAGAGUGGGAACCUGCCAUGAUCCCAAACCCAGAGUACAAGGGUGAGUGGAAGCCCAAACAGAUCGACAAUCCCAACUACAAAGGUGUCUGGGUUCAUCCUGAAAUCGACAACCCUGAAUACUCUCCUGAUGCCGAGAUCUACAAAUUUGACAACGUUGGAGUCAUUGGGCUGGAUCUCUGGCAGGUAAAAUCUGGCACAAUUUUUGACAACUUCCUAAUCACAGAUGACGUGAAGGAAGCCGAGGACUUUGGAAAUGAAACAUGGGGUGCUACAAAGGGUCCUGAGAAGAAAAUGAAGGAGGAACAGGAUGAGAAAAAACGCAAAGAGGAGGAGGAGAAGAACAAGGAGCAGAGCACAGAAGCAGACGAUGAGGGGGAGGAAGAUGACGGUGAGGAAGAGACAGAAGAGACUCCAGAGGAGGGAGAUGACGAUGAUGAUGCGCUUCCUAAAGACGAACUGUAACACGGGAAGUAGAGUUCCAUCCACAUUCCGUGGUUGCCAGGGAAACGACCACAGUGCAUUCAUUCUAAACAGACGACAAUGAUGUCAUGAUGAUGUCAUACACGGGCAAAUAGGCGAAUGAAAGUUCUCAACCCAUACGUUUAAUUUGUGACCAUUGACCUUUAACGAGCCAGUUUUUUGUUAUUGAAGAGUUUUGUGUACAGUACCAGGGAUCUGAUCUGUUUGACAUCACUUACUACUGAUCUAUGAUCAGUUUAUUGUGCCUUUUCUUGUUUGUAAAAUCUAUGCCCAUGUUAGUUCAUGCUGUUGGUAAGGAACUAGACGAAAUUCAUGAAGUUUACUUGAAUUAUAGUUAUGAAAGCCUGUUUGCACCACUGAAUACAAUAAUAAAAAGAACAUUUAUCUCACAAUUCUGACUUUUUUCUCCCAGCUUAUAGAGUUUAUAUCUUACAAUUUGGACUUUUUGUUUUGCAAAAAAGAGUUGUAAGAUAUUAAGUCAAAAUUGCAAGAUAUAAACUCAUGAUACUGAGAAAAAAAAGUCAAUUAGGAGCUUUAAGUGGUCAAAGUGGCAAGAUAUAAAGUAAUAAUUAUGAGAUCUAAACUCGUGAUACUGAGAAAGAAAGUCUGAAUUGUGAGAUUUAAAGUUAAAAGUACUAGGUAUAAACUCAAAAUACUGA